GAAUCACCUGAAGGCAAGAUGAUGCUGGGAUUCCGGAAAUCUCUGCCAGCAUUCAAGGAGAAGGAAGGCUUACUUCAAGCUAUAGCACGAAAUCAGGUGAUUGUAGUAUCUGGAGAAACUGGCUGUGGUAAAACCACACAACUUCCUCAAUAUGUAUUAGAGUCAGAGAUAGAGUCUGGUCGUGGAGCAUUUUGUAACAUUAUUUGCACACAGCCUCGAAGGAUAUCUGCAAUGGCUGUGGCUGAGAGAGUAUCAGCAGAGAGAGGAGAGCCUCUUGGUGAAACAGUUGGUUUCAAAGUUCGAUUAGAAGGAAUGAAGGGGAAAAACACCCAUCUGCUUUUCUGUACCAGUGGUAUAUUACUCCGACGGUUGCUGAGUGAUCGAAACCUAGAUGGUACAACCCAUGUUUUUGUUGAUGAAAUUCAUGAGCGAGGCAUGAAUGAAGACUUCUUACUGAUUGUGUUAAAGGAUCUUCUUCCACGUCGUCGGGAUUUAAGAUUGGUUUUAAUGAGCGCCACCUUGAAUGCUGAGCUAUUUUCUAAUUAUUGGGGUGCACCAACAUUUCAUAUUCCAGGUUUCACCUAUCCUGUGAGAGCUCAUUUUUUGGAAGAUGUUUUGGAAAUGACUGGAUAUAAGUUAAGUCCUUUCAACCAAAUUGAUGAUUAUGGUCAAGAGAAAAUGUGGAAAACACAAAGGCAGCUAGCACCAAGGAAAAAGAAGAAUCAGAUCACUGCUCUUGUUGAGGAUGCUCUUUCUAAAUCAAGUUUUGAAAGUUAUAGCUCUAGGACCCGUGAUUCACUUGCAUCUUGGGCCCCAGAUUGCAUAGGAUUUAAUCUCAUUGAAGCUGUUCUGUGCCAUAUAUGUCGGAAGGAACGACCAGGUGCUGUUUUAGUAUUUAUGACUGGGUGGGAGGAUAUAAGUUGUUUAAGGGAUCAGCUCAAAGCUCAUCCUCUCUUAGGAGAUCCUAAUAGGGUUCUGCUUCUAACAUGUCAUGGUUCAAUGGCAACUUCUGAACAGAGACUCAUAUUUGAGAAACCACCACCAAAUGUAAGGAAAGUAGUCCUUGCAACUAAUAUGGCAGAGGCAAGUAUUACUAUCAAUGAUGUAGUAUUUGUGAUUGAUUGUGGAAAAGCAAAAGAGACUACUUAUGAUGCUUUGAAUAACACACCUUGUCUACUACCUUCUUGGAUAUCACAAGCAUCUGCUCGUCAAAGAAGGGGGAGAGCAGGUCGUGUACAACCAGGAGAAUGCUACCACCUUUACCCCAAAUGUGUUUAUGAAGCUUUUUCUGAAUACCAACUUCCUGAGCUACUGAGAACACCCUUGAACUCUCUUUGCUUGCAAAUAAAGAGUUUGCAGGUGGAGAGCAUAGGAGAGUUCUUAUCAGCAGCUCUGCAGGCACCAGAGUCACGGGCUGUCCAAAAUGCUAUUGAUUUUCUCAAGAUGAUUGGGGCAUUAGAUGAGAAGGAAAAUCUUUCUGAUCUUGGGAAGUUUCUCUCAAUGCUUCCAGUGGAUCCCAAGCUGGGAAAAAUGUUAAUUAUGGGUGCUAUAUUUCGUUGCUUUGAUCCUAUUCUUACAAUAGUUGCUGGCUUAAGUGUCAGGGAUCCUUUCCUUUUGCCCCAAGACAAGAAGGAUUUGGCAGGGACAGCAAAGUCUAGAUUUUCUGCAAAAGAUUACAGUGAUCACAUGGCUCUUGUCCGUGCAUACGAGGGAUGGAAAGAAUCUGAAAGAGAAGGAUCUGCUUAUGAAUACUGCUGGAGAAAUUUCCUCUCUGCCCAGACUCUUCAGGCUAUCCACUCUCUUCGGAAGCAGUUUAGCUUCAUCUUAAAAGACGCAGGCUUGUUAGAUUCAGAUGCAAGCAUUAACAACAAACUGAGUCACAAUCAAUCUAUGGUUCGUUCAGUCAUUUGUUCUGGUCUCUUUCCUGGCAUAGCAUCAGUAGUGCACAGGGAGACGUCCAUGUCAUUUAAAACAAGGGAUGACGGCCAGGUUUUAUUGUAUGCAAAUUCAGUGAAUGAGCGUUACCAAACCAUUUCUUAUCCAUGGCUGGUUUUUGGUGAGAAAGUAAAAGUCAAUGCUGUUUUCAUACGUGAUUCCACUGGUGUGUCUGAUUCAGUACUUAUCCUUUUUGGUGGCGCCUUAGUUAAUGGGACACAGGCUGGACAUCUAAAAAUGUUGGAUGGCUAUAUUGACUUUUUCAUGGAUCCUAGUUUGGCAGACUGCUAUAUGAAGCUAAAGGAAGAGCUUGGUAAGCUUGUCCAAAAGAAGCUUGAAGAUCCCAAGAUUGACAUCCACAAGGAAGGGAAGUACUUGAUGCUUGCUGUUCAAGAACUUGUGUCAGGGGAUCAAUGUGAAGGAAGAUUCGUAUUUGGCCGAGACAGGAAGCUGAAGGCAGCUAAUGAUGAGAGUAAGUUCACAAAAGAUGGGACAAACCCCAAGAGCUUGCUACAAACACUGUUGAUGCGAGCAGGGCACUCUCCACCAAAGUACAAAACAAAACACCUUAAAACAAAUGAGUUUAGGGCUCUAGUGGAGUUCAAAGGAAUGCUUGUUGGCAAACCCAAGAGAAACAAGCAGCUAGCAGAGAGAGAUGCUGCCAUAGAGGCAUUGGCUUGGUUGACUCAUACCUCUGACAAUAAUCAAGAUGAAGAUGAUAGCUCUUCUCCUGAUGUCACUGACAACAUGCUAAAACUGCUAGGGGGACGCCGAAAAUCUAAAGGUCGCUGAGGUUGGCAUUUUUGUCCCCUGAUGGCUUCAUAAGAAAAUCACAUAUAAUGAUAUGCUUAUGAGAUAUUUGAUGAUAUCCAGACAGCUCAAACGCCCAGGUACAAUUUGAAACACCGUGCAGUGUUUGAUAUGAUUGUCAAACACCUCUACUAGACAUGAUUUGGCUUCGUUUUUCCUACAUUGGUGUUUCAUAGAUGGCUUCUAAAAAAGUGAUAUUGUCCCAUCAUUUUCUUUAUUGAAUUGGGACCCUGUACAAUGCUUUGCAGUUCUAAUUCAGGUUAGGAACAUGUCUUAGAUGGAUGUUAGUUCUCACAUGUCACCUCAAAAAAUGGGAAAAAAAUGACAACGAUAACGGGGAAAAAGUAUGGUGAAAGAAAAUAUGAGAUCUUCAGUAUGAUGUUCUGCUGAGUUUCUUUUUUCUUUCCCAGUAUUCUCCCUUUUGUGAGUUGACUCAUAAAUUAAUAGGAGCAUUUGGAUAGGAUAACUGUAAGCUUAAAUUGUACUGAGGAACUCUGUUAUGUAGAUUGAUUUUUUGCUUUUUUGGGACCUUCAAGGUCUGAUAUGCUUAUGAAUGUACAAACAUUAUUUAUUAGUCAAACAGGGAUGACUUGACAUGUAUUUCUUUUAGCUUUGUCCAAUAAUAAUAGCAUAUAAUUUUUUGGGACUGGUUA